GUAGUACAGUCAACCUCACAGAGGUAUAUGAUUGCAAACGGGCAAACUGGCAACUCAGGCGGACUGAUGAUGUUCAAACAGAUCUACGACGACCUUAUAACAAAAUGCUAAAAAGCUCUUCAAGUUCAACGGCUGCGUGCUGCAUCGUGGUAAGAUCAGCGAGUUUUGGCGCCUGCCUGUCACACAGCACUGAGCAGCAUGUUACUGCCUUGAUACAGCAGCACACUGCCUCGAGUCUUCUAUAUAAACCUCCAGUUUGUGGCUCACUCGCAAAGCCUACUUGCCAUCGCAAAUGUGGUCCUGGAACACGCAGCCGAAUUCCCAUGCGCAACGCAAGUUUAUAGAACUUAUAUUCGAUCGGACAGGAAAGUAUGCCAACUGGGACCCACCCUCCGAAAUCCAAGUUGGGUCGUACGGAAGGAUCAACAGAGCCACGGGAAACUUGUCCGUCGAAGGCAACAUCUACUCAGAUAAAUUCAGGCAGCUUCUCGUCGACGCAGGUAUCGACCCUGAUUCUGACGAGCAUCAUGCCAAAGACUGUCCGGAUGAGUCUGAAUUCACGACUUGGUCUAAAAACGUGAAACGCAUCGACUUGAACGCCGAAUCUCAUGCAGGCAUACCUGAGAUAGCUUCGGCUAGUAUCAAAGGGACGUGGCAGGUUAAGAAAGGCACCACUGGCGCUGUAUUGCUCAUGAACAACCCUCGCAUGAAACACAUUACUUCCGACGUCCUUGGGAAGCUCGCGAGCAUCAAGCUUCUUCAGUCCAUGCAUCUCGUGACGAAGGUGUUUUAUUGUCCUGCCUUUUCCUUGUACCUCUCCGAUACAAGCGGCGAAAAGAUCACCAUGGCUCUUCUGGCUUCCGCGCCCAUUGUAGCGCCCGUGGGCACUCUUGAAGCAAGGGCUUCGAUGAGAUGGUGGAGUGACACACAAACUGGAUUGGCACGCCACGGAUGCAAGACGGAGCAUUGCUUCACCCCUUUGUAUGAACUCUUGCAUGUCAGGCACCCUCGUAACAGGCGGACGUCGCCAUCCCCGGAACGCACAGGCGAACAGUUGUGGGUUCCCCCUCCCGUCCCGUGGGCACCUCUCCUUGAGGAUGGCACAGAGGUGCCGAUAUACAUUAACGAGAAUACGGAUUCCAGUGACUCUGAGGAGGAAUAAGGUCAUCAAGAGCAUACCAGCAACAAACAUGACUGUCAUACGGACUGCGCAUUGUAGAUACCUUCAAUGUAACCACUCUAGUACCUACAGCAAGUUGAGUCUGUCUGAAACUAAACACGCAUG